GCCUCACCAUUACUCACGAACUAGUUUAUUUUUUCCUGAUUAAUACAAACCAAACCCAAGACGCAGCAGAGUCCAUCAAUGGAAUGGAAGCCAUUCGAAGGAGUUAGAUCAACCAUUCAGCGACUCUAGUCUCUCCCUUUCCACCAGGAGGAAGAAGAAGAAGAAGGGCAGAGAAACAACACCCACAAGAUUCGGCCGUCUGCCUGCCUCGAUUCACCCUGUUGUUUGUGUCUGAAAUUGCGAAAGUCUCCAGCUUUGAGUCUCCGUUUACUAACCUACAAACUUGGGCCUCUUCUUCUUCUUCUUCUUCUUCCUUCUUUCCUUCGCAAAACUUGGUGUGGCGUGGGCAAUAAACAAAUAAAAAUGACAUCUUUUUCGUAGCACGUAUUCAUCAUCAUCAGCUCACACAGAGACAGGAGAGCUACGACGCCACUCUCCACAACCCACCAAAAUAGUUAUAUUUUUUUAAUCCACCUUCCCUUUCCUGUUUCUCUUUGGCUAAACUCUUCCUUUUUUCCCCGUCCGGACUUCUAGCUUAGUUGUAUUUUGAUCCUCUACGAUACCAAGCACUGUCGUCUCUGUUCUGGACAUCUGGGUUCUCGGGAAGAAAGAAGUUUUCUUUCCUCGCGUCUCUGCUUCUUUUUUCUUCAUCUGUUAGCCCUUUCCCCAGUUUCCUCUUGAAUCUUACACGUUCCCACCUUGUGGUCUUUUGAUUGUCUCUUUGGUUCUGACGAUUGCUUUGAUUCAGUGGGUAAAAAGGGUUUUUGUACAGCAGCUCUCGAAGUCUCCGCUGGGUCUGUUCUUGUAGAUUGCUGUGACUCAGUCCGCUGGUUUGUUGGUACCCUUUUGAGAAGUUCGUUUUGACUUGCUCUAGCUGGGGAAGUCUCUAAUAGAUUGAAGUUUCGUUUAUUGGAUUGGUCAAAUUAAGGUCAAUGCAAAGCGUAUAAGCAAGGGGAUUUUGAAAGUAUUUUUUCCGAUCUUUCCUCUUUUGUUGUGAUUAGAUUCGCUGAUUGGAGCAAUACCAUAUGUUUUACUUUCCCAAGGAUUACUUUGUGGGGACUGGAAUCGAUAUGCUUUAGUGAAAAGGGCAGAUCUUGAUGUUGAAAUCACUGGGAAUCCAUUGGAAGUGAUCUGAGGGUUCCAGGGGUUUUGAUUAGAUGGGUAAUAACUGUGUUGGGCCAAGCACUGCCAAAAAUGGCUUUCUACAGACUGUUUCUGCGGCAAUGUGGAGAACCAGAGUGCCAGAUGAUGCAGCUCCUCAGGGAAAUGGGGAAGCGGUUCCGGAGGUGGUGACCAAUAAAGGAUCUGAAGUGCCUUUCCAGGUUCAGGAUAAGCCUCCAGAGCAGGUCACCAUUCCUAAAGCUGAGAAAAGAGAAGAACCUGUACCUGAUAAGAAGGCUGAACCAGCUGAGAAAAGGGAAGAACCUGUGCCUGAUCAGAAGGCUGAACCAGCUGAGAAACCUAAGAAGAAGUUUCCAGCUCCAGAAAUGAAGAGGGUUGGCAGUGCUGGUCUUCGGGUUAGCUCUGUUUUGCAGACUAGAACGGGCAAUAUCAAGGAGUUCUAUACCAUGGGGAAGAAACUAGGACAAGGGCAGUUUGGAACCACGUUUCUGUGCCUGGAGAAAACUACAGGGAACAAAUUUGCCUGUAAAUCGAUUGCGAAAAGGAAGUUGUUGACCGAUGAUGACGUGGAGGAUGUGAGAAGGGAGAUCCAGAUCAUGCAUCAUUUGGCUGGCCAUCCAAAUGUUAUAUCCAUUAAGGGGGCUUAUGAGGAUGCGGUGGCGGUACAUGUUGUUAUGGAGCUAUGCGCUGGGGGGGAACUCUUUGAUCGGAUUGUCCAACGCGGGCACUACUCGGAAAGAAAAGCUGCACAGCUUACUAGGACAAUAGUUGGAGUUGUUGAAGCUUGCCAUUCACUUGGUGUGAUGCAUCGGGACCUCAAGCCGGAGAAUUUUCUCUUUGUGAACCAACAAGAGGAUUCAUUGCUGAAAACAAUUGAUUUUGGAUUAUCAAUCUUCUUCAAGCCAGGGGAAAGGUAUUCUGAUGUAGUUGGCAGUCCUUAUUAUGUUGCUCCAGAGGUUUUGAAAAAGCGUUAUGGGGCAGAAGCUGAUGUUUGGAGUGCCGGAGUGAUUCUCUACAUUCUAUUAAGUGGAGUGCCACCCUUCUGGGCAGAGACCGAGCAGGGAAUAUUUGAGCAGGUUCUCCAGGGUGAGCUUGACUUUGAAACAGAACCUUGGCCUAACAUCUCCGAGAGUGCUAAGGAUUUGGUUAAGAAAAUGCUUCUUCGAGACCCCAGAAGGAGACUAACUGCUCAUGAAGUCCUGUGCCAUCCAUGGGUACAAGAAGAUGGUGUAGCUCCUGACAAACCUCUUGAUUCUGCUGUCCUAAGUCGUCUGAAGCAAUUCUCAGCUAUGAACAAACUCAAGAAAAUGGCUCUCAUAAUCAUUGCGGAGAGUCUAUCAGAAGAGGAAAUUGCUGGGCUUAAGGAGAUGUUCAAGAUGAUUGACGCUGAUGGCAGUGGUCAGAUCACUUUUGAAGAACUUAAGGCUGGAUUGAAAAGAGUCGGGGCUAACCUCAAGGAAUCAGAAAUCUACGAUCUAAUGCAAGCAGCGGAUAUAGACAACAGCGGCACCAUUGAUUAUGCAGAGUUCAUUGCUGCAACACUGCAUCUGAACAAAAUCGAGAAAGAGGAUCACCUCUUUGCAGCCUUCUCAUACUUUGACAAGGAUGGAAGUGGUUACAUCACUCAAGAUGAGCUUCAACAAGCUUGCGAGGAGUUUGGCUUACAAGAUGUUCGCUUAGAAGAAAUGAUCAAAGAAGCUGAUCAGGACAAUGAUGGGCGCAUAGAUUACAACGAGUUUGUCGCGAUGAUGCAAAAGGGAACUGUAGCAGCAACCCCAGGAAGGAAGGGACUAGAGACCAGCUUCAGCAUGGCGUUCAAAGAUUCGCGGAAACUCAACACCAGCCAGCAGUAAGUGUUUGUUUGCUUCUCUGUUUGUGUGUUUUUGGGUUCUUUCCCCCCUCGCCGUCUGAAGAACCAGGGUUGUAGUAGUGUGUAUAGUGAGUGAGAAGGCGGCUAUGCCACUCUCAACCGAGACGCCAGCAAACAUGGUCGGAUCGUAUAUCGAACUGGGUUUGGACCUGCAAAAAAUGAGGUUCCUUUUGUUGGUUCUUUUCAUUAUCGAAUGUAAAACUGAGCCAUCACUGCGCCAUCCCAUGGCUUCUUUAUGUUUGUGACAAUGUCGAGUAGAAGAACUGUAGCUAUAAUUUUUUUAGUUAAUAUUAUCAUCAUCAUUAUAGUUCAUUUGGACCAUUUUUUUGGGGCAGUG